AUGUCAGGGUUUGCAGAAAACAGUUCAAGAUGGUCUCUUUCAGGAACAACAGCUCUAGUCACUGGUGGAACUCGAGGAAUCGGCCGUGCAAUUGUGGAGGAGCUAGCACAGUUUGGUGCCACAGUUCACACUUUAUCAAGAAACGAAGCCGAACUCAAUGAACGCUUGCAAGAGUGGUCAUCCAAGGGAUUCAAAGUCACAGGUUCAGUCUGUGAUGCAUCUUCAAGAGCGCAAAGAAUUCAGCUCGUGGAAAAGGUCUCUUCCAUCUUCAAUGGAAAGCUCAAUAUCCUUGUCAAUAAUGUUGGGAGCGGCGGCAUAAUUAAGCCCAUCGAAGAACUUACCACUGAAGAUUAUGAUUUUGUGAUGUCUACAAAUUUUGAAUCUUGUUACCAUUUUUCCCAACUUGCUUGUCCUCUCCUGAAAGCAUCUGGGAUGGGAAACGUCGUGUUCAUUUCUUCUGUUGCAGGUUUUGUCAAUGCGCGAGGUUUCUCUAUCGUGACACCAUCUAAAGGUGCAAUGAAUUUUCUUACCAAGAGUUUGGCUUGUGAAUGGGCUGAAGAUAACAUUCGUGUCAAUUGUGUUGCGCCUGGAACUAUUAGAACCUCAGUAGGAAAAGAUAAUACUCUCAUUUAUGAAGAAAAUAUGAAGAGAGUGGAAUCAAGAACUUUACUGAAUCGAAUUGGGAAACCAGAAGAAGUUUCAGCCCUGGUAGCUUUCCUUUGUCUCCCAGCUGCUUCCUACAUAACUGGACAGAUUAUAGCUGUCGAUGGAGGAAUUACCGUCAAUAAACUUCAGUGGGACUGA